AUGAAGUAUUUGUAAUGUAUAAUAAUUGCACCGCACGUGGCCACGUCGGUGUCUUCUCGCUUUACCGACGAUUUCUACCAACGUUUGGCCCAGGAAAACGCCGAAAGGAAUCUAAUUUGAUCCCUAUCGGUGGAAAUCGCACUGAGCAUGGCAUUCAUGGGCGCCAGGGCAAAGACAGCCCAAGAAAUGAGGGAUGUGUUGAAACUGCCCGACGACAAAAAGGAAGUGGCAGCCAAAUUCAAGGAUCUUCUGAGUAAGCUCGAAGGGCGCGAGAAGGAAGUCAUUCUCAGUCUACCAAAUCGCAUAUACUACGUUAACUAUAAGUUCGAGCUAGUACCGGACUACAAUCAGGUGCCAAAUAUCGAGCUGGCCUACAGAAAUUCAAACCUUUCCAUGGUCAUUUAUCUACCGGACAAGGCCCAUGGUCUAGCAGAGUUGGAGAAAAAUAUGGUUGGAUUUACUCCGAAACUUAUCAAUAUUAAUGUGCAUCUAAGGCUUCCCAAGUUUAAAAUCGAAUUCUUCGCUCAUCUAGAGUCAGUUCUUAUAGCGAUGGGCAUACAAGAUGCGUUCAGGACAUCUGGUGACUUCAAUGAUCUGAUCGCGAACAGUGGGGGCGUCGUUAAUGAGGCGUUUCUAGAGGUUAAUGAGGAAGGUUCUGAAGCAGCGGCUGCAACAGCUGUGAUUUUUAGGUAUAAGCCAAUGGAUUUUAAUGUCAAUCAUCCAUUUGCCUAUGUCAUUCGCGAUGCGGAAACCAUUUACUUUCAGGGCCACUUCGUGAACCCGGACCGAUAAAAUGUCC